UCUUGGUUCCCCACCAAAGUCAAGAGACACACAGCACGGUGAAGGACCUUCAAGCGCUUUACAGGAGUGCCUUUUGAGCCAUUUCAGUGUCAGCAACAAUCAGAAGAAAAUGCCAACUUGCAUCUCAAUAGCUCGGAAUGCAUGGGAAAUUUUUAUAUCUGAAAGGAAGCCUGGCUGGAAGUAUCAGAUACAGCUUUUUGCAGUUUGCUCUGCAGUUGGCUUCCUCUCCAGCUUUCUUUUUUUCCUUAGCAUGCACUUCUCCUUGGCCCAUUCUUUGGGGCCCUUACUGAUUUCUGGAUUCAUCUGGAUUUUGCUUUCUAUCAUGCUCUUCUGUUUCAAGCACCUGCGCUGUUUUAGUGUUCUGUUCCUCCUUUCUUGUGGACUGAAAAAUGGCAGGGAUGCUCUUAUAACUGCUGGCACUGGUGUUGUGGUGGCCAGCAACAUACAAAAUAUUUUUCACAAUCUAAAGGUUCUGGCAGACAGUAUAACCUGUCAUUUAAAGCAUGAGCAAUUUGCCUUGAUAAAAUAUUAUGUUGAGGCAAUAAAAUGGAUUUAUGAGGCAGCCAAGCUUCCUGCUGAACUAUCUAAAGAUAUAGUGGUCCUAAAGCAUGAAUUCACACCAUCUUACUCAAUUUCAGAUGGUGCAUUAAAACAAGAGCUAAACGAGACAGAGCAAGAAAUCCAGAGAAUGGCUAACCAGCUAUCUUUUAUGUUGACUAUACUGCCCUAUAUAGGUCAGAAAGUAUUGCCUAUAGUUGGGGUUUUUCUAGUUUCCUUUGGAACUGGCCUCUUUAUCAAAAAAUUUGUGGGUUCUCAUAGCGCCAAAUUUAAGAAUACUUAUAUCACAAAACAGUUCAUUGCAUUUGACGAGCACCAAAAGCAACAGCAAAGACCCUGUCUUCUGCCACUUAACAGAAAAGAGAGAAAAGAUUAUGUGACAAUCCCAUCUUUCUUCUUCACAAGAAAGGACAGGAAAAAAAUGCUGUGUUCUUUUCUCCCUGUAAUUAUUCAUCUUUGCAUCUGGCUUCUGUUUGCUGCAGUAGACUCUUUGUUUUAUUUGUUAAUUAUUUCUGUGAACAAAUAUCUCCAAGAAGUACCGGAUCUAGACAUUCAACUCAGUCUCUUUCAGAAUAAGAAUGAGAAAAGCUAUAUCAUUUCUAUGAAACAGCAUAUUGCAAAGACUGAUUCUUUCAAGAUCCCUUUGUUUAAGCAUAACUGCAUCCCUCAUCCAGAGCUCUCUCUCUCCACGACAUGGAUCCAGCUUGGAGUUAUCAUCUUCUUCUUAAUCAUUUUUGGGUUAUUCUCUGGCCUCCUGACCCAACUUAAAAUACUCGUGUCAGCUUCCUUUUAUCCUGACACUGAGAUAAAACGGAUACAUUAUUUGCAUGCAAAAUUACUCAAAAAAAGAGGAAAGCUACAAGAGAAAACUGGGAAGAACAUGUUUGCAAGAACGGUCAACUUUUGGUUUCCAAUACUCAAGGCAAGAGAGGCAGUGAGGAAGAAAGAAAGGAGUGUAGCAGAAUGACAGCAUGAUGUGAAAAAGACCAAGUGAAUCUUUGGAUAUGACUGAGAUGCUUUAGUUCCACCUGUGUUUCACGCCAUCUUUCCUAUGGAAUGUCAAUUUUAAAAUGUAAAAAUUUCAAACUCAAAGGGUGACCAGCAGUAUUUUGGAAAAGAUGCCAUUGUGGAUAGUGUGCAGUUCACCACAGAUUGCCCUGGACUGAAUUAAUACUUGGUUUUCAACUUGGGGUCUACAUUAUCUGAGAAACUUGAGAAAAUCAUGGAUGAUCUGUUCUUCUGUUUAAAAGCAAUAAAACAGUUUGGAGCUUUUAGGACUACAGAACAAACCUCUUUGGGUUCAGCUAACAGAGGAUGUAAUGGCAGCAGCAGGUUUGUCUUCUUCAUGUUUGCCAGACACUGAAGAUAGAAGACACAGCAGAGGCUGUCCCUUGCCUUCUGGGAUGCGGUUUAGAUGUUUCUAGACAUUUUUAUCUAUUUCUUAAGCCUCAAGCCCUUCAGCCUGGAUCUUUGUCAUCCCUAGCUCCUAGUCUCUUACCUAGUCUCCCACCCAGAAUUCCUUACUUGGUCUCAGUCUUCCACUUCCAUGUAUCUAUAGAAUGUACCACUAGCACAGAUUGUACCAUGCCUUUGAUAAUCAUGAGAGAGGUCAUGUAACAGGUAGAAGUGAGAAUGCUCACGAGAGCUAGAAGAGAGAGGAAUCAGGUGCUGUGGGUGCCAACAGGGUGUCUUUAAAGGGUGGGGCAUAUACAUAGAGGUGAACAAUGUUUCAAAUCUUGCAGACUGAGGAACCUUGCAGAAGAGACAAAAAUGGGCUUAAAUAUGUUGCAUAAGCACAACUGCCCUCAAUGAAAUAAAAUUGAGCCAAUACUGAAGUGCUUCACCCAUUCAACCAACAUUGGGGAUGUGACCUUCAUAUGAUACAAGAACAAAUGCAAAAUGCCUAAAGACAUAGGAAUGACUGAUGUAGCUUUAGAGAUUUAAUGUAGAGCUAAAAAAUGUGCCCAACAGGCAGUAUAUUUCUGAUUUUCAGCCACAGCCAACUUCCUUUUUUAGGCUGGAUAAUAGGAAAUUCUGCUCUCUUCCUCUAUAAUAAAUGCAUGGUUUCAGGACAGCCAUUGAUCAAUGUCUCUGUAAUCUGAAUGAAUUAAGACUUAAAACUCUAUGAUAGCAAGUACCAGAAGUUAUUUUCUCCCUAAACCACUGAAAAACACAAAGACUUCUUUUCUUUGGGCCUUCCAAAGUCUCACUUCUCCAUGGAUGCAGGUGGUUCAGGUUCCUGGUGUGACAACAAUUUGUCUCUGGAAAAUGGUGCUGGAUUAAAGCCGUGCAUGAUUGAGGGUUGUGCUGAAUGUCUCUGAGAGGCCUGACUGUGUCCUUUUUGCUGAAGUGGGACACCCCUGAAUAGUAGCAGAACAUCAGCUUGUAUUUUAGGUGCUACUGUCAAGCACCAGUAGCAAGAAGCAUUCUGGUGAGAGAGAAGCAAUUAGAAGGUUGCUCUAAAUUUGGACUCACAGAACAGAAUAGCUAUCCAGGUACUAUUGAUAAGAAGAUACACUCUUGUUACCAUUGCACAUGAAAGGGGAAGAGCUACAUGUCAUUAAGAGCUGAACAUUUUUUGGCAGCAUUCUGACUAAUUGCUGGCAGGAGUUGUAUGUGCUCCUUUCAAUCCCAAAGGACAAGCUGGUGACAAGCCCAAAUAUGGGGGCAAGUCUGGUUGACAAAACACCACCACCUGCUUCACUUGUCAUCAGGAGAAAAACUGUGGAGUUUCUUGCCAUUCCUGUUUGAUGGUAUUGCCGCUCAGAAUACCUUUUCUCUCUGUUGUUCUGCAAGGAGCAAGUGAAAGCUUUGGAGCUCAUGGGAAUGGUUCAUCAAAAGGACUCAGAUGUGGGUCAGUCGUUGGGAGAGAUGCCUAAAUCUGUUAGGACUUUGAGUUCUGGAGUAGAGUCUCAGGCCAAUGCCAUACCUGCACUUUAGGAAAUUCAGCCAAUGUUGAAUGUGGACGCUCCCACUGCUAUCUGUCAGGACAAUUAAGUAUUGCUUAGUUUGCCCUUCAAACUGGUAAAAGACAAUCCUUCUUGGGUAAAUAAUUUUAAUUCCGUACAACAUGUUCAGUUCUGGUAAAUAUUUUACCUAGAUGCUUGACCACACUACUAGUGACAGAAGACAUGGAAAAGCCUGAGGUAUUUCUUUAUCUUGGUCUUUACAGGUAAGACUGAUCUUUAGCCAUACCAGACCACUCAGACCUGAAGGAAAGGCUGGAGCAAGGAAGACUCACCCCUAAUGGUUAGAGAGCACUCAAACACACAGGAGCACUCAAACACCUCAAGACAUGAUGGGAGGAAUCCAUGUGUAUAGAGGGUACUGGUUGAUGUCACUGAGAGGCAUCUCAGUUUUUUUGUAGAAGGUCAUGGUGAUCAGGAGGGAUUACUGAGGACUGGAAGAAAGCACGUGUCACUCCCAUUUUCAAGCAGUGAAAGAAGGAAAAUCUGAGAAACUACAGAUUUGUCAGACUCAUCUCAAUCUGUGGGAAGGUGAUUGAACAAUUUCCCCUGGUAGCUGCUUCCAAACAUAAAGGCCAGAAAGUUGACUGGUAUAUCACUGAAACGCAAGAAAAACGUUCUUACUGUGAGUGUGGUCAAACACUGGAAUGGGAUGCCCAGAGCAGUUAUGGAAUUUCCAUCCUUGGAGAUACUCAAAACCCACUAGACAUGGCUCUGAGCAGCUCAGAGCAGCAGGGCUAGAGGAGAUAUCUCUAGAGCUGCCUGACAGCCUCAGCCAUUCUGUGAUUAUUGACGUUAACACAGCACAUUGCAGGAAAAAUACUAGAUAUGCACAGCAAAAGCAGGUUUUAAUUUGUGAAUAUGCUGUGCCAGCAUCAAGGGUGCCACCUGACAAAUAUUGUUACAAUUACACUCAUACAAGAGUCACAUACUUGAGUGGACUAACACACACUUUGUUUCUGUGACCAUACACAUGCAUACCUGUAUGCUGAAGAUGAGCUGAACAGCAGGCAAAGGAGAUAAAUUUGCUCUCCCCCAUCUCGCUAAACCUGGUCUAUCAGGGGAAAUGGCACAUUCUGAACCUACUUUUUUUAUUUUUUCUAAAUCUUUUCUGAAUCAAGUUCACCUUCUAUACCUCAGCCUUGAGUUUUAUCUCAGUGGUAGGACAGUUCUUACCCUGACCCUGACUAAACAUAUUCCUUCAGCUGUUCAGUGUCUUUCUUUAGCUGUACAGCUGUACAGGUCUGUUGCUCCCCUGAAAUUGCACAGCAACAUACUUCUCAUUUUCUCCAGACCUUAUUUUCUUUUUAUUUUCUCCCAUUUGUUUCUGUCCCAUGAGUAGGGGAAGUCUGGGGGUUUGUUUAUCUUCAGCUGUCUCCUCUGCAAGUUGUUCAGCUAUUUCCUUGGCCUCUCUGUUUACCAUAACCCUCAACCGCAGGAUUCAGUUGUUCUCUUUUCUUAAAAAAAAGUGUACAAGUUCCAAUAAAAAACCAGCAUUCCACCCACAAUUAUUUCUGUUCCUCUUCUUGCCUACCCUCUCCUCAGAUUUCCUACAUUUUAUUUUGGCUCUUCCGUCAUUCAUAAUCUUCUUUCCUCUUUUCAUCUCCAACAUCAUUCUUUCUCAUACAUAAAAGUAUACAAUGCUUUUCUUUCUGCUGAGCACAAGGGAACUAUAGGUGCCGUUGAAAUUAAGGAUUUUUAUUCAU